UCUUUCUGCAAGAGUUUUUAGUAAAACCAAAAGUCAAUUAAUUUUUACUUAGGUAUAUUUUAAUAUUUCGUGUUUUGCCGAGGAGGGCUUAUGUAACUUAUUGCUCCGCCAUGUGUUUAUGACAUGUCGAGUUUUAUGUUGACGAUCGUUAAUAAGACAUCUGGGUGAGUUUGUUUAUGGCUUUAUUAGCACGGAUGACUGCAGGGAAUAGUUGAAGCCUUGCUAUGUGGACAAAGUUGAUAAGAGUGUUUCUCUAUAAUUGAUUCCAUUUGACUUCUCCUCCGCUUAAGGAGUGACUCCAGUGUGGGUCAGGAUCCAGUCCAGGAAGUGGGUGACGCGGGUGAAGGCGGAGGGGUAGCCUUCCUCUCAGCCGUCCGCAGCGCCGAAGGACGUGAUGCCGUAGGUUUUGCCGCCAUAGUUGAGGGGGCCACCAGUCACCCUGACCUCACUUAAUCUUUGUCACAGAAACUGAGCACGCAAAUCACACCACACACAUACCAUUUCAUAUUACACCUACCCAUCUGCGCCAUUUCAUAUUACAUCUACCCAUCUGAUUGUUAGUAUUUGUAGAUUUUACUGCUACUACUUCACCCCCUGCUGAUAGUACGUUUUAUAUAUCCACGCUUCUUUCAGAAUUUAAGUGGUUUCAUUAACUUCUUCCGUUUCCAGAUUUUUUUUUUCUUUUCUUUUUGGGAUGUUGAUUGCGAAUUCGAGUUUUCUGUUAGUUGGUCAGUUGCUUUCUCACCAAGUCAUUUAGUACUCUUCUCAGACUGAUCUUGAUUUUGCGUCUAACCGUUUUGUGGUCACUCCCAAAAUUGGCAUUAUUCAUGGCUGUUACAUUUAUCUAUUUUCAUUAUGCCACACCUACUCGUGAGGAUAAAGUCAGUCUUAUGUGUGUGUGUGUGUGUGUGUGUGUGUGUGUGUGUGUGUGUGUGUGUGUGUGUGUGUGUGUGUGUGUGUGUGUAAUUGGUUUCACGAGUGCCAGCAAAUUAAAAUGAGGAGCAAUGGAUACUCUAUAAAGGCCAGCUGUGCUCCAUCGGGCGUCAUUUGUAAGCACCAUGGCUGGAGAACUAACACUUCUACUCCUGCUCUGCUUCUCCGCCAGUAGCGGUAACCCUGCGGCUGAGAAGCAAUGGCGAUGGAAGUUUCCCAGACCCCAAGUCACCCCUCUAAAGCCGGCCAAAGCCUCCCGCAUCGUGGGUGGGUUUGAGGCCGCCCCCCACUCGUGGCCCCACCAGGUGGCGCUCUUCAUCGACGACACCUUUUUCUGUGGCGGGUCCCUCAUCUCCAACGAGUGGGUCCUGACCGCUGCUCACUGCAUGGACGGCGCUGGCUUCGUGGAGGUUGUGAUGGGCGCUCACAACAUCAGCAAGGCAGAACCAUCUCAGAUCACCCAGCACAGUGUUGACUUCUUCACUCACGAAAACUGGAACGAUCGCAAGCUUAUCAAUGAUAUUGCCCUCAUUAGACUUCCUUCAGCAGUGACAUUCAACAGCCACAUCAGUGCCGUGAGUCUGCCGUCCUAUGACAUCGGCGCAAAUGAAAUGGUGGUCGCCACUGGCUGGGGGCAGCCUUCCAAUGAUGCUGGGUCCAUCUCAAGCGUCAUUCGUCAGGUACAACUGUUCACAAUUAGCAACCAUGACUGUGGUGCUGCGUAUUUUUCCUUCAUUGGGCCUAACAUUGUCUGCAUCGACGGCUCAAAUAACAAGGGUACCUGCAAUGGUGACUCAGGCGGCCCCCUCGGCAAAGAUGGAGAGAUUCACGGUAUCACCUCCUUCGGGUCCUCGUUGGGGUGCACGGGAGGCUACCCAGAUGCCUUCACCCGUGUCUACCACUACAUGGACUGGAUCACGAACAAGACCAGCCAUACCACCGAGUGACAAGGAGAUACACUUGCAGCAGUGUUUUCUUUUUUAUUUUUUUCCGUUAGAUCUAUAGCGCUGGUAAGCUUUCUAAAUGUGGCCUGGUAGUCGUCCUCAGCCCGUAAGCGACGCAGGCAAGUAUUUUAUAGUGGUGCAAUUCUUACUUGGUUUAAACUGUCCUCCGAAGAACCACUCGAUCCUCUUUAGAGAAUUUUACUAAGUCUGGACUGACAGUAAAUCAUCAGGGCAACAUGUCUGCAGUCUUCAGCCACUCGACAUAUUUAUACAAUUCAAAGCUGGAAGCCUCGGAUCACUUAGCCUCUGACCUUGCUAGUAUUUUUGAAUGAAUCAGAAAGAAAUUGGUGUCCAUCAAUGUCACAUCUAUGAUAAAUAAAAAAUAACCUACUCAAACCUGUAAAGAAAGAUAAACAGUAACAAGACUAUGAAGAAUUAACAGAUUGAGCAAAAUAGUAGUAGUAGUAGUAGUAGUAGUAGUAGUAGUAGUAGUAGUAGUAGUAUAACAGGAAGAAAAAGGACACCUAAUAUAAUAAAAACAUUUCAACUGGCACUUACUUUUCGUCGUCCUUGUGGUGAUGGUGAUAGUGGUGAUGACCCGCAACACACACAUCACAAAGGAAGCUCGUGAGGAGAACCCUGAACGCCCUCACACACACACACACACACACACACACACACACACCUUCCUAAUCCAAUCCUCAAUAGCAAUACGUAUAUAUACAUCUACAUAAAAUAGAAUAAUACACAAAACAAUGAUAAUGAAUAUACAUAGAGACAUGUGAGGUGGUGUAACAUGUUCUUGUUCUUUCUCUUCUCUUUCCUGGUAAAUGUUAAAAUAUUAUACAAUGGAGAGAGAGAGAGAGAGAGAGAGAGAGAGAGAGAGAGAGAGAGAGAGAGAGAGAGAGAGAGAGAAUCAGAAAAUAA